AUGCCGCCCACCGCCGCCGAUCUGCCAACCCCCAUCGACGAGGAUCUCGUCUCCGUCACCAAGGAUGCCUACGAGUCGUUCCGCAAGGAAAAGCCCGUGUUCGAGGAGACCGUGACCGCCGCCGUCGAAAAGACCCCGAAGGAAUUGGCUGAUGCGGAUCCGUUGAUGCAAAACAUCCCGACGGUGGGCGAGCUUCGAGCCGUCAUCCCGGCCGAGUGCUUUGAGAAGUCGUUGCCCACCUCCAUCGCCUACAUGGUACUCGAUUUCGUGAUCAUCGCUGGGCUCUACAAGGCGCAGCCCUACUUUGAGAUGUUCUCGUUGCCCGGCAUGUUGUUCUGGUAUUUCCUGAUGGGGAUGAUGGGCUUCGCCGUAUUCGUCGUCGGCCAUGACUGUGGACACGGAACUUUCUCCAAGUACAAGUGGGUAAACGACAUCAUCGGCCACAUCUGCCACGGUAUCCUUUUGGCCCCAUAUUGGCCAUGGCAAAAGAGCCACCGUCUCCACCACACCUACACGUCGCAUCUGGAGAAGGACCACGGCCAUCCCUGGAUCACCAUCGAUCUCUACGAGACGUGGAACGACUUCAAGAGGUUCUACGCCAACAACCCCUACACGGCACUUGUUAGGUGGUACAUGUACACCGUGGCCGGUGUCACUGAUGGCUCUCACUUCUGGCCCUUCUCCCGCAUGUUUGACAACACCACCGAGCGAAUUCAAUGCGCCGUUUCGGGACUCGUGUGCAUCGCCUGGGCAACGGCUGCUUUCUGGUACUUGGACUACAGCGUGUACGCCUGGGUGAAGUUCUACUUACUCCCCGUGAUGUCCCAGGGCUUCUGGCUGACGAUGGUCACCUAUCUGCAACAUCAAACCGAGGAUAUCAAGGUGUUCGAGGACGGCACUUGGGGAUAUGUGCGCGGACAGCUGCAAACCAUCGACCGGCCAUAUGGUUACGGCAUUGACCAGCUGAUGCACCACAUCACCGACGGGCAUGUCGCUCACCACCUCUUCUUCACGCAGAUCCCCCACUACAACUUGAUGAAGGCCACCCACGCGUUGCAGCAGAAGCUCGCGCCUCUUGGCGUCUAUCGGCAUGAGAAAUCGCACGACUUCCUCCUCCAGUUCUACAACCUGAACCGGAAGCUGACCAGCCUCGUCGGCAAGGGUACCGGGCUGCUGCGCUACACGGCUUUCGAGAAGAAGACGGCC